UCCAUCGAUCAACCGAUCCGGCGAUCUAAAGAUAUAUCGAUCUACCGAUCCAGUGAUCUACAGAUCCAGCGAUCUAUCGAUCCAGCGAUCUAUAGAUCCAUCAAUGUACCGAUCCAGCGUUCUAAAGAUCCAUCGAUCUAUAGAUCCAUCGAUCUACCGAUCCAGCGAUCUACAGAUCUAGUGAUCUACAGAUCCAGAAAUCUACCGAUAGAGCGAUCUCCGGAUCCAGCGAUCUAUCGAUCGAGCGAUCUAUAGAUCCAUCGAUCUACCGAUCCAGCGAUCUAGACAUCCAGCGAUCUAUCGAUCCAGCGCUUUAUAGAUCCAUUGAUCUACCGAUUCAGCGAUCUACAGAUCCAGAGAUCUACCGAUAAAGCGAUCUAUCGAUCCAGGGAUCUACAGAUCUAUCGAUCUACGGAUCCAUCGAUCUACCGAUCCGGCGAUCUAAAGAUAUGUCGAUCUACCUAUCGAGUGAUCUACAGAACCAACAAUCUACCGAUAGAGCAAUCUACAGAUCCAGCGAUCUAUCGAUCCAGCGAUCUAUAGAUCCAUCGAUCUACCGAUCCAGCGAUCUACAGAUCCAGCGAUCUACCGAUAGAGCGAUCUACAGAUCCAGCGAUCUACCGAUAGAGCGAUCUAUAGAUCCAUCGAUCUACCGAUCCAGCGAUCUACAGAUCCAGCGAUCUACCGAUCCAGCGACUUACAGAUCCAGCGAUCUACCGAUCCAGCGCUUUAUAGAUCCAUCGAUCUACCAAUCCAGCGAUCUACAUAUCCAGAGAUCUACCGAUAAAGCGAUCUUCCGAUCCAGGGAUCUAUAG